CGCCCGUGAACAGUUUCGAGCCAAGUUUUCUGCCAUGCACACGACCGAACUUUUGUAGUAACUUUUUUUUUACGAACUUAGUUUUAAGGAUAUUUAUUACGAACUUAUGUGUGCUUUAGUGUUUUGUAUGUGUUUGUUAUUUAUUAUGAGAAAAUCGUUUUUGUGAAUCUUCGUAACUUGUAGCACUAGAAACUACGACUAGCGAAAUGUUUUCGGUCGAAGCCACGAUCUCUGCCACAGUGUCGGACAACGAACCCCCCGCGACAAUGACGACCCUCCCCAACAGUCCGUCCGACGACGGUGAGCAGUAUCGUGCUUCUUCGGAGGCACGACUUGCCACGACCACGGCCCCGCAGGGGAUGAAGGAGAAAUCGUUCUGCGAGGCCCCUGAAGAGGGGAAGACACACCUGAAGGAGACUCAGGAGGAGAAGGAGAACAGGAGCACACCUUUCCCCUUCUUAAGGAUGCCCAAGCUGAAGCGAGAGAAGUCCUACACGGAGACGCUGGAGCGCAAGAAGAAGAGAGUCAAGUUCUCCCCGAACGACGACGACGACGGCCUCGUGGUCGACACGCGCGUGUUCGAGGCCCACGCCGUCAGCGCCCACGACGGAGACGCAGACGACGGGGCGCUGUCUCACAAGAUCAAGAAACUUCUUAAGAAGCGCUCCAAGCGGAAGAAGUCAAGCAUAGAGACACAGACAGAUGGAAACGACGACGGUCAGAAUCGAGAUACCACAAAAGCGACUUUCCUUAAAGAUAAGCAAGAAAUUUCCUCUAGUCGAGACUGUGAUAGGACCAGGGAACCCUUCCCUUCAUUCCCUGAGGGACAAAAUAAAUUUGAAGUUGACGCAAAGCACCAUGUUGAUGCACGUGACGUCAGUUCUCCAGACUGUGAUGCAACAGAGCCCUCAGCCACAGCUGCUUCGGGCGGGUCCCCGAGCGCAGAGCCUCUCCCGGCCGCAGCUGACAGUGCCAAUCAUGACGUCAGCGUGGAGGCAGCAGUGCCAACGAUGCCAAUUCCUUCGACGCAGGAGAAUGAAAACGACCUGUCGUCGCACGUCGAAAACGAAAACAAUACAGGUUUCCUCGUGAAAGAACAUGAUUUGCUGUUAAUAGAUAACGAAGAAACCGCACCGGCCAACGCAGGGUCCUCCGCGAAAACAAAUGAAUGCGAGAUUUACAUCGUGGAGGGCCCUGUGCUGGAAGGCCAAGAACUCGAAAUAUGUUUAGAUAGAGGAGAAGACGAAUUCCACGCUAGACAAUUAAGUAAAGAAAAUAUUAAUUUAAUUUCCUCGGCGGAGGAAGAAUCUAAUCCUACCUCCUGCCAAGCGACCGUCAAGCGCGAGGGAACCUUUACCCUUGACGGCCCCCCUCCAGCCAAGAUCACGAAGUCUUCCUGCGACGCUGUCGAAGAUGCCAGCCGGAAGGAGUCCUCCCUUCUGGACGACUCCAGGGAACCCGUUAUCUUCUUUGUUGACCUUGACUCGUGCGAAGUGAAGAAAACGGAAGAAACGCAGGCGAUGAAGGCACGCGCAGAAAGAGGCCCGAGUAGCAGGUCAAAGAGUCGUUCCCCGCAGAAGCCAGCCAAAAACGACGUCAGAAAAAAGGACGCGAGCGAAAAGCCCCAAGAGCAAAGCUCGACGGUAACAUCGCUCAAGAACACGGCCAAAAGAACUUUUGUGAGCGCCUGGAGAACCGCCAUGAAGGCGCAGGAUUCUUCCGAGAAAGGACCGAAGCUCACCAGGUCCAGGGAUGCUGCGAAUUCUAAGGCAUCCCCUGUCUCAGAGGAAGAAAGGAACACGAAAGUUUUAAGAAAGAAAUCCGACCCUAAAGUCCCGAAGAGCGUCACCUGGGAUAAGAAAGUGACCUCGAGGGAACCGCAGGAGAGCUCAAGGCCGAGUCGGGACCCCUUGAGGAGCCUGCACCUGCAGCCGCUGAGACCGCUGCCGGAGAGGAGCUCCAUGUGGUCGGGAGUAUGUUUGUCGUCCAUGAGACGAGAGGGAACCUUCACCAAAAAGUACGACUCUGAAAAGGACCGGCUGCAGGCUGAGUGUAACAGACUCAACGUCGAUAAAGAAAGACUUCAGAGCGAACUGUCCGAGGCACGCACAAGGCUGGAGGAGGAAAUAACCGCCAGGAAGGCACUGAGGCGCACGCACGAACUUAAUCUGCGCCAGCUGAGAGAGGGAGAACUCAGGAGGACCGAAGUACUCCUGGCCGACCUAAGAAACAGGUUGGAGGACGAGAAGCGCGAGGCUCUAGACCAGCAGAAAGGAGCGCUGACGAGAAUACACGAAUCCGACUUGAUAAGGGUAGAACGGGAGAGAGACGAGGAUCACCGGAGGCUUCAGCAGGAGAACAAGGCGGCGCAGGAGAAGCUGAGGGCGGAUAUGAGGAGAGAAGUUACACGGGUGGAGCCCCCGCAAGUGCAGUGCUGCCAUUCUACCGAUCGAGAUUUAGAUAGAUUAAACAGAGAUCUGUCAACGCUGCGCGAGCACAAGAAACGACUGGAGGAUGCAGUAAUGACCCUCCAAGAGUCGGAGCGGAAGCGCGCCGGGGAGCUGCGGCGCCUGCACGAGGAGCACGAGGCCGCCGUCGCCCGCAUCCACAGAGCCAAUAAGAGCGAGGUCGCGCGGCUGCUGGACGAAGUUCGCUCCAAAGACCGCUCGAUUGGCCAGCUGGAGCGCCAGCUGAGCGCCCAGUCCGCCAAGAUCCGGCUUCAGGAAGAAAAGGCUCGGGAGGUCAGCAACGAUCGCACGGAAGAUGCUGCACGGAAACGCACGACUCGCGGCGGAGGCUCUGGGGUGAGCAGCAAGCGACACAAGGAGGCAGCCACCACCAAGGAUGGCCGAACCCGCGAGAAGGAAUCAUGCGUCAGCGCCAGCGGCCCCGUCAACAACAACAGCGUCAAGAGCAACCUCAACGCCAGCAGAGGAUCUCCUGAUGUAGGGGCUGAUGACACUUGCCAGAGGACACGUGCAGCGCAGGAAGAAGGGGCAACACCGGAGAUGGCAGCACAAGUAGAGGAGCUCUCUCAGGAGGUGGAGCAGCAGAGGGAGCUGAUUGAGCAGCAGAGGCAGCAGAUUGAGCUGCAACUACAGCAGCUGGAAGAGACGGCGAAGGAGUUAGAGCAGCAGAAGCAAAAAUGGGACGAAGAGAAGCAGGCGAUGAAACAGGAGAUGGAGGAGCAGAAGACAACCGUGGAAGCGGAAAGGGAGGAAUUGCAACAUCAAAUCGAAGACAAAAUUCAUCAGGUUGAGGAGCAGAAAUUGGUGAUGGAAGCACAAAAGCAGGUGAUGGAGGAUCAGAAGCAGGUGAUGGAGGAGCAGAAGCAGGUGAUCGAAGAGCAGCAGUUAAGAAUUGCAGAUCUGGCGGAGGAAUCGAUGGAACGCGAGUGUCUGCCGCCAGUCCCCCCGCCCCCCGCCUGGCACCCUCGGAGAGAGUCUUGCGUCAAGGUAUGUGAGCUGCCCACCGUCCUGGAGCAGUCCAGCGACGAUGAGGUCUCGCCCACCACCUCCCAGACGCUGCAGCAGAGCUACACCCACGACCUGUACUCGGAAUACGAAAUGCCCGCGCCCUCGACCUUCCUCACGCCCACCAGCCCCACCACGGAGCCGCCCAUCUGGCCGCAGAGCGUUGGAGAUCUACUCUGCAGUCAGUAUGAGCAGCUUUCAAAGGAACACCAAGAACUCCAGAAGUCCUACCAGUUACUGGUAUCUACCUCUUCAGCCAGCUCCCCUGCCGUUGAUCUUAAUGGUAAAGAAGGUCCCAGUGAGUGGUGGUCAGCAGCUCGUGUGAUGGAGCUGGAAGCACAAGUUUCAACGCUGAAGGCAGAGUUGCAGGAGUCCAGGGAUCAUGCUGACCUUCUGGAGUUCCGCAUUUUGGAGUUCACCGAGGAAGAUAGGGCUUCCGACUCGGGCUCCUCUCCGCAGACGUGCGACCAGUCAACAGCCACCGAUCUGGAUGACGUCAGCAUUCCAGCGACCAAUGAGGAUUUGUCUCUUCCACUCUCGAUAGAUUCGGGGCUCGAUCUCUCCAGCGAUUAUAAGAAGGCGCGCGUGACGGAGGGGCGGGCGUGGCUGGCGCAGCUUUCCCGCGCGACGGGCGAGGCGGAGGCCGCGGCUCUCCACCACCUCGCCGCCCUCCUCGACUGGGUGGCCGCCCUGCCCGCCCACGCGCACCAUGCCCUGUCCUCGCCCAUGAGCCCCACUCUGGCCGCCCCCACGCCCACGCCGAAGGCCAAGAUGGGCGUGGAGGAACUGGGGGGUGACCUGGGUCGGGAUCUGAUGCUGCUGGCCGCCCGCCUGCAGGAGACGCUGACGGAGCCCGCCGCGCAGGAGGCCGUCCUGCUCGACACCAUCGCGAAGUUACGCGUGCUGGACUCUUCGCUGUCGGAGCUGCAGUCGCGUGUCGUGACGCUGACGGAGGAGAACCGGGAGCUUCAGGAGGCGGUGACGAGCCUGAGCGAGGCGCACGAGACGCGCACGGAGGCCUCGGGCACGGAGAGCGAGCUGGUGCACCGCAAGACGCCCUCCAUCCACUCCGACCUCAGCGACUCCGAGAGCGACGCCCCCGAGCACGCGCAGCACGGGAGCGUGAAGCUGGUGACUUCCCUGGACGCCUCCACGUCCUUGGACGCCACCACCAGCUUCCAGGAGUCAGGCAUCUUCGACACGUCAUGCGAGCUGGUGCAUGUGACCACGCAGACCGACCUGUCCCAGGGCGGCCCGCUGCCUCCAUCCGGCCAUGAGCUGAAAAUGAAGUCAGAAUGCGACCUGCAGCAGGCGGAGAGCGACCUUCAGAGCGCGGUGGCGCGCCUGGCCGCCAUCCGCUCUGCCGUGCAAGGGCGCGACCUGCGCCACCUCAGGCUACAGGACCUCCAGGAGAGUGACGAGUACCUGAAGGCGGCCCUCGACGAAGAGCGGGUCAUCCUCAGCAAGGCGGAGUAUGAUAGCUUCGUGGAGGGCGAACGGCGUCUUCAGCACGAGCUUGAGCACCUCAAGUGCGAGAAGGAGCAUUUGAGCGUCGAGUGUGAGUCGCUCAAGAACCAGAUCACGUCGCUCAAGACCGGUGUCCGCGGCAGCGAUGCGGAGGAGGCGAUGAAGGGCGAGAUCCGGGUGCUGAAGCAGCGCCUGGCGUCCUCGGAGAGAGCUCGAUUAGCGGUGUUCGAGGAGAAGUGCGAGCUGGAGGAGGAGGAGAACGACUCGAGGCUGAUGGUGCAAAGGCUGGAGUCCCAGAUGGAGGCCGCGAGAGAGAUGGAGAACCUGCUGAGCGCGUCGUUGGCCCAGGAACAAGAAAUCUCCCGGGAGCUUCACCGCCGUGUCAGGGACCUCCAGAUCCUGGAGAAGGAUUACCGCGGCCGCCUUGACAAGCUGGAAGCCGUGACCCGCAGGACAGAAGAGAAAGCGUCGGCCUUGGCUCAAGCCCGAGACGCCCUCUCGCAGCAGCUGUCCUUCGCGGCGUGGGGCCUCGUGGCCGCCGAGUACUGGCGCCAGCUGGUGCCGGAGCCGUCCGCUGCCCUCGUCCCGUACGGCGGCUACCCGCUGAAAGUGUCCCCCGCAACCUACCCCACGAAGCCCUUCCUGGAAGGGCGCAUAUUCAAGAGGGAACGCGCCCCUCGAGAAGCCGAUAAUGAUGUGUAUGUGUGUCCCCCCGUUGUGUGUGAUGUCUGUGUUCAGACUUGUCCGAACGUAAUAGCCGAUGUCGGCGUCCAGACCCAAAUGGCGAAGCACUCUGCUGAGGUUCAGCAUGGUGGCGAUCCAGCGCAGCCGGCGGGAGGGUCCGAGGAGGAGCUAUACGAGUCCGCCAGGAAAAGGGCGAGACACCUUGAGACCAGGACCCAAGCCACCAUGACAGUGGACAACACAGGACCCACAGAGCGAGAACAGUUCUACCUGGAGCAGAUUGAGUCUCUGCAGAGGGAAAAGAUCAACCUCCGCAAGGGUCACGACAACGAAAGGCGCGACUCCUUGCAGCAGCACAGCGACCUGGAGGAAGAGAUGGAAGCAGUGAGACAGCAGCUGGAGGAGGCCGAGCGCGACAAGUGCCACCUCCUGUUCCGUCUUGAAGAGGCUCAGGACGAGCGCGACGAAGUCAAGAAGAAUUUACUAGUCAGAAUAGAGGAGCUGAAGGGCGACAUGUCUCGCUACAACGACCUCUACGAGCUGGAGAAGAAGGCCCUUCGCCGGGAGUACGAGGCUCGCCUGGCGGAGCAGGAGAAGGAGCGCGGCCGCCAGGACGAGCGGAUGCGCCAGCUCGAGCACCAGCUGUCCACCUUCAGGCAGGAACUGGAGAUCGUCGGAGUUUCCAUCGCGGGCGACCUCGUUGAGUACGACAAUGGCUGUGAAAGCGUCCUCGGUUCGGGCAGGAGGUCGUCCGCCAGGGCUGGGGACAGCGACGGAGAACUCGUGGAGAAGAUCAGGGAACUCGUCAAGUCAGAGACUGCCCUCAGGCAGAGGAUUUGCGACCUUGAGAAAAAGGAGUGUGCUUAUCGCGAGACCAUCCGUGAAGCAGACAAGAUCAUGUCCAGCCAUGUUACCUCGUACAAGCAGAGGAUAGAAGAGCUGGAAGCCUCGAUGGAACAGCAGUCCUCCAAGAUCCAGCAGCUGGAGGCCUCCGAGGAGCGCCUCAGAGCCAACCUGAGGAACAACUCCAGGUCCAGUGACGGCGCUCGAAUCUCCGACCUCCUGGACCGCCUGAUCGAAACGGAGAACUCAGAGCUGAAGCUCAAGGAGCGCGUCUGGGGCCUCGAGCGAAGUGAGAAGGAGCUGCAGAUCAAGCUGAUGGAGGGCGAGAAGGUGAACCAGUCUUUGAGAGCAGAACUGCGGGACCAAGAGGAGUUAGUUCAUCGUCUCAUGACGCUAGAAACAGAAAAUAACGCUCUUUCCGCAGAGAUCAACCAGGCCAAAGACUCCGCCCGCAAGAUGAGCGAGGUGCAGCAGAACGAGAGCUACCUUCGAGGUCGAGUCGAGGAGCUGGAGAUGACCGAGAACAUGCUUCGCGAGACCCUCCAGCAGGCCGACCUCAUACUAGCUCAGAGAGAGAAAAAGCUUCGAGAUCAGGUUUCAUCCCUUCAAGAGGAGGUACAGUCAUACAAGGCCCAGCUUGAGUCUGCGGCGUCUAAGGAACACGGUGCUAGAGAAUGCGAGGUAUCCUACAAGAAGCAACUGGAGGAGUUAAAAGCCCGACUUGCUGAGACGGAACGACAGCUGAGGGAGUCAUCAUCCGAGACGAACAGUCAAGAGACUCAGCACCGUUCUGAGGUUACAAAACUUCGUAAUCAACUUAAAUUAGGGAACUCACAGCUUAAUGAGCUUGAGAGGCUUAACUGUGAACUGCGUGACCGGGUGCUGGCAGCAGAGGCGCAGAGCGAGCAAUUAGCGAAGGAGCUGGAAGAGCAGUGCCGUCGCCACGAGCAGGAUCUUCUUACUCUUAAUCUCCAGGUAUCCGCUGGGGAAAGUCAUGUUAAGGAGCUGCAGGGCCAGCUCGAACAGCUGAGCCAUGAACAUGCCGCUAGUGAGCUGGACGUCCUGGCUGCCUCACCCAUAGCUCCGCUUUAUGCUACCAUUACUUCUCUAAUAACUGCCCUCAAGAGCUGCGAGUCCUGUAGUGAGACCCAGAAGAGCACGUUGGCCGAGGUGACCGCUCAGCUCGGCACCUUGGCAGAGCUGCUCGAGGGUAGGGCCAGCAACUCCGACACGGACGUAACCUUGGAUAGUGAUGAGGGAGAAACAUUCAUCACAGACACAGCAGAAAACUUGGCCGGCGAAGCCACUACGACCCCCCCUCCUACCCCCGCCGGGGAGGGGCUUCGGGAACACUCGAGCGGGGACGCCACCAACUGCGACUCGGGCGCGAGCUUCCUAAGAACCAAGCGCCGGAGGAGCAGAAGGCGGUUAGAGGAGCGCAGCAGCAGAAGGCUCGUGCGCCCUCAAGGCUCUUCCACAAUCUUGGAGGAGUUAGAGGAGAAGGUUCGGGAACUGGAGGAGGCGAUAGGACGGAAGGAGGAGGAGCUCCGUCUGGCUGACAACGAAGCCAGCGAGCUCAACCAGCAGCUGCAGUCGCGGGAUGCUGCCCUCACACUCAAGGGUGAAGAGGUGGAGCAUCUGAACAGUACACUGGCUAGUCUCCGUCAGCAGCUCAUGCAAACCGUGGAGGACUACGAGCGCGCGAGGAUGUCCUUAGAAGCGAAGCACAAGGUUGACCUAGAAGAGUUAACGCAGCGUAUGGAGCAGCUGACAAAGCAGGCCGAGAGCCUGGCUGCCAGAGGAACACUCAAGGACAGCAUAAUCUCCACCCUCGCUUCUCAGAUCCGAGCCAUCCUCAGAUCAGGCAAUAUGAGUGUAGUCAUCAACCAGCUGCGUCGCCUAGGAGAGGGUGACCCAUGUGGAGAGUCACCAGCCGAGGGCACACAGGGUCACCCGUCCGCCACCAGCCCGAUGCCCACUGUGCCGGACUUCGAUGUUGAUGCUGUCUGCUCAUUCCUCAGUCAACCCAGUGAGAUGGCUUAUUUGUCUCAGUCCGCCAUCUCGAACGGGACGGAGCCAUCUAGUCACGUGACCCUGCAGUCUGAUGUCUCUUUAGCUCUCUCUGCGACAGAGCUCAGUGGUCGCGUGACCUGCCACGGCUCUUCUUCAUUGGCUCAACGUAGAAAGUCUCGCAUACCACGAUACAUGCCCUCUUCUGUGCCCAGUGCAAAACCUGCAUCUAAGCCAGUGCGUAUGGUUAAGCCCGAUGUUGUGCCUGAACAGUCGGUUAAACCAGAGGCAGAGCCGGUGCAAUUUGCAAAGCCUGCACCGAGCCCUGCCCCUGCGAGCAGACCUGUGUCAGUUCACACGAGAAUUGCAGAGCCAACGCCAGAACCUAGGCGGGAGUUCAAGCAAACUCCAGCAAAACCUACACCUAUGUUGAAGCCCUUGGCGACCUCUACUCCAGCAAAACCCACGGGCAGAAAGGAUUCGACCAGACGAGAACGGCCGGGAAGGUUUCUCUCCGACGCGCGGAAGGUCAAGCGGAUGGUGACUGGCGUGGCCCCGCUGGACGCAGCGGUAGAUUGCUCUUCGGCCCCGGAGUGGCGGGAGCGGUCGCCCAUCUCAACGCCGUCAGACGUGGAAGCCACGUGCGUCCCGCGCCCGCAGAACCUACACAUCACGCGGCGAGUCGGUGUUGACGGUGUUGUCAUCGCCUGGGCGCCCUUGGACCAUGAUUGUGUCGCUGGGUUCCAGGUCCUUGUGGGAGGACGGGUUGUACAGCAUGUCAGGUCUCCUCACCGCACAAAAGCUCUGGUGACAGGGCUGCCCUUAGCCGGCGCCUUCACCAUAGGUUUAGUUACGGUUGCUCACGACGGGCGCUGUUCUACGCCCGUCAUCGUCACCCAGGAUCGGUCGAGGGUCUACCCAGGAAGAAGCGCCCCCUCGCGCCCGACGCUACAGAGAUGCGUCCCGACUUGCCUCUGACCUGAGCAGUCUGGGGCCGACGUUCUGAGGGGACCGGCCCGGGACCCGCCUGGAGCCUUCCAGUGACCCAGUCACCCAGCCGUCCAUGACCUUUCUUUGCUGGAGAGAAAGUCUGCUUAGGAUCUUGUUAGAAGCAGCAUUGAUUGGUGAUAUUCUAAAUUUGUUAAUAUUUGCUCGAAUAUUUAUUAGUAGUAUUUUAAUACUACACAUUAUCUUGUUAUGAAGUAUUCCAUGAUAAUCAGUGCCUUAAAUUUGGACAUAAAUACUGUAUUGGAGUAAUGACUUGGUAAUUGAAUUAUAAUGCUUAAUUGGUAUAUAAGCAAUGUGUAAAUUAUUUAAUGAAACAAUCAACCCAUUUGAAACAGAACACGCAUAGUGGUACUAUGCAGGUUGCUCUGGCGGAAUUAUCACAUGACACAGAAACAUCCGCAGUUAUGUGUCCGUUCUCUCUGGUCGGCCCUCACCAACUUCAGUCUCUUGUCAUAUCUGUGCAUUUACCCAAAAAAGAAUACCAUUUUUGUCUUGUUUUUUGUUAUUCUGUCUUCCCACAUUUAUAAGCCCUGUAUAUCAAAGAUGUGAAAGUACAGCGUCUACGGGAACUAACUAUGGCAUGUGACCUCUGUUUAUAUAAUGGUGAAUAUACACAAUACCAUAACAUCGACUAACAACGCAACGAGUUAUUUGAAUACCAAAUUAAGUCUAGACCUGUAUUAUGAGAUCGUGGUUAAGAGUUAGUAUCGAUUGCAUGUACCAUCAUAAUUAGUUGGCAUGUUCUUAAACUAUUUGUUUGAUCUAAUGUAACUUUAAGAUACAAACUAUUUUUAGCAGUCCUCCGUUAGAAUGCGUAUUCUGGCAGUGUUUUUAGGAAGCUUUUAAAUCUUAUUGCUGUGGUUAAUGUAACAGUAGAAAUUCCUUUUAUACUUUGCAGGCGAAUAAACGUUUCUUUUUUAUAAGAUCAAUACAUAAGCAGAUUUAUAUUUCAGCAUUGCCAUAAUUAAAGCUAAAGUGAAGGGCUGAUAUUGACAGCAUUUUAUAAUUUGUGUUAUAUGAUUUGGGUAGUUUUUGGUCCGGAUAAAAGCUGCACAGCUGCCUCAUUGUGACAAGAAGCAGUCAAAUCACUUGCCUGUUGUAGUAAUAACUUUUGAAGAUGAAUAUUUUUUCAGCAUUUUUUGAAGUGAAUGCAAUCUUUACUACAUUUACGUUUUGUGGUGCUGUGUGUUUUACUCGAGACCAAAUGAUGAGCAUGAUUGUUUGAGAUGUAUUGCAAGGUCAGUUUGGGCUUGUGGUUGUUAUUCUCUUCAUUUUCCCUUUACCAAGGUUUUGCUUCCAUUAUCAUUUUAUAUCUUAUCAUGUAAUUUAUUUACUACAAAUGAUACUGUAGGAAAAAUUCUGAGCCGGAUGGCACCUCAUUAAUUUGAUUUCUUAUGUACACAGUCUGCUAAAUUUUAUUGCAGGUAAACAUAGGAAAAAGGUAUUGUAUAUAAUUUGUAUAGUGCCAAAUAAAACUAAAGAACCGUAUUUAAAUUGAAUUUGAAAAAGAAGAGUUCUGAAAACUUGUUUUUAUCCAUCACUUUGUACAUAGGAUUUGUAAUUGGCAUAUUGUUAUUCUAACCAAAUACAAAAUACGAAUGAU